AGUCUAUGGAAUGAGAAGAGCGGUAAACAAAUAAAUUGAAAAGUUGUGAAAUAAAACAAGCCUUUUUCUCUCUCUCAACAAUCCAAACAUGGUGUUUUGAGGGGGAUGAGCGUCUUUGCCAUGAUUCUUCUCACUCCCAUAUUUCUGUUAACCCUCGCCGCCGCGGCCACCGCCACCUUCCUUUUCGCGGUGGUUGGGGCCGUGCUGUUCCAAACUGGGUGUGGCAAGAGGGUAUGGAGAAGAAUGGAAGAUUGGUUCCACGUGUAUCAAUUCCUCACAGUACCUGAACUCAACCAAACCAAACACCACAACCACCUCUACACCAAGCUCUCCCUAUACUUACAUUCCCUGCCUUCCAUUCAAGACUCCCACUUAGCCAACCUCGUCACUGGGAAGAACCAAAACGAUGUCGUCCUCUGCCUUGCCCCCAACCAAACCAUCCAGGACCAUUUUCUCGGAGCCACAGUCUACUGGUUCAACCAACCCGCUCAUCCCAACCCAGAAGGAACCGGAACCUACGUGCUCAAGAUCAGGAAGGUGGACAAGCGCCGAAUCCUCCGUCCUUAUCUUCAGCACAUUCACGCCGUAGCCGACGAAAUCGAGCUGCAAGGGAAGCGCGACUUGCGCCUCUUCACCAACAGCGCCGAUGAGUUUGGGCAGUGGAGAUCCGUUCCGUUUACUCAUCCUUCCACGUUCGACACCAUCGCCAUGGAACCGGAUCUCAAAAGCAAGGUCAAAUCCGAUCUCGAAUCCUUCCUCAGAGCGAAACAGUACUACCACCGCCUCGGCCGCGUCUGGAAACGGAGCUUCCUCCUCUAUGGUCCCUCCGGCACCGGAAAAUCGAGCUUCGUCGCCGCCAUGGCCAAUUUCCUCUCCUACGACGUGUUCGACAUCGACCUGAAUAAAAUCCCUAGCGAUUCGGAUCUGAAAUUGCUCCUCCUGCAUACGACGCCGAAAUCGGUGGUGGUGAUCGAGGACCUGGACCGGUUUGUGGCGGAGAAAACGGAGAGAAUAAGCGUUUCGGGGAUACUAAACUUCAUGGACGGGCUUAUAACCUCGUGUUGCGCGGAAGAGAGAGUGAUGGUGUUCACGAUGAACACGAAGGAGCAUGUUGACCCGAACCUGCUUCGUCCGGGUCGGGUCGAUGUGCAUAUCCAUUUUCCGCUUUGUGAUUUUUCGGCGUUUAAGACGCUGGCGAAUAGUUACCUUGGGGUGAAGGACCAUAAGCUGUUCCCUCAGGUGCAAGAGAUUUUCCAAAACGGUGCGAGUUUGAGUCCCGCUGAAAUCGGUGAGUUGAUGAUCGCGAACCGGAACUCGCCGAGUCGGGCCAUUAGAUCAGUCAUAACCGCAUUGCAAACCGACGGUGAUGGCAGGGGGUGCGGCUUGAUCGGACGGCAAAAGGAGGAUGAUGAAAUGGAUGAACCGGAUGGGAUUGUCUGCAGUGAGGGUGUUCAUACGGUUAAGGAUUUGCGGAGACUGUACAGUUUUUUCAGAUUCAGGGUUACGAGAAAAUCUUCAUCCUCCAAUUCUUCCUUGACCGCUACUCCAUUGCGAUAAAUAGUCACUAAUCAUCACUUGAUUGGAAAUAUAUGUGCAAUGUUCCCAAUUGCACUUCAUUCGGCGGAAACAGAUAAUUACAGAUACCCUUUCAAAGAAGAACAAUUUGGUGGCAAGCUUUUUUGUCCAUAGCCAAAUUGAACACAACAGUUGUUCAUGGGAUGCAAACAUUGCAACUCUUACAAGGUGAUUGUUAUUGUCCAUUUUUCAGCCAUCAGCGUCGAACUGUAAAUCUUUAUAAUUAGAUUGAUACAUUGCAUAUAGGAAAAUAAUUUACAUAGGCAGAAGAAAGGUUAUCCUUAGAGUUUGUUUCCUCAUUUUGGUGAACUGUGAAACCAAUCUAAUGUAUAGAUUUAUUUUUUUAGGAAAACAAAAUCCUUCAUGCACACUUCGAAUAUUUCUUCCUCUCCCCACGACCCGAAAGUUUCGUCAUAAGAAUGAUAUGUUAAUUCAUUUCGUUCUAGUUUGGGUUAGAAUAUAAAGUCUGUAAAAGUGCUUUGAUUGG